AUGGCCACAUCCCUUGAAUAUUUACCUGAUGAAGUUCUCUUAAAUAUUUGUCAAUAUUUAUCUCAAUAUGAUAUUAUUCUUGCUUUUUUUGGUUUAAAUAAUCGUCUUAAUUGUACAAUUUCACAAUUCUUUCAAACACUUGUUAUUUCUAACGAAACCUAUUGGUCUCAUAAAGAAAAUUGUCAACUUCUUUCUAUUAUUGGACCUUAUCUUCAUUCACUUACAAUCAAAAAUAUUCAUUUGUCUUCAGCUGAGAUUAGCUUAGCAUCCAAUAUUCAUGAAUUAACAUUUAUCCAUUCACAACCUGAUAAUAUACCGCCACUUCGCCAUCUCACUGAUCUAAAUAUUAUCUAUGGAUCAACAUUCAAACUGAUUGAUAUUCUAUUUUCUAAAAAAAAUAAUCUUCAUUCUGUUUAUAUAGCUUCAACAAAUCCUUUAAAAAUACCUCUUUUUUCACCUCCAAAAUUUUCUAAUAUCAAACAACUUGCUGUAACUCUUCAAUCAUUUGAUGAUUUUGUUCAUUUACUUUAUAUUUGUCCUGAACUUACAUGUCUUAAUCUAAUGAUACAAACGUUCAAUUCCAUAGACAUUCAAAAUUUAGACAAUCAAACCUCGAUUGAGACACCUGCGACUCUACGUAGUUUUUCUCUUCGAACAUCAUACGAUAUAAAUAUAAGUUUUAAUGACUUACAACAUAUCCUUAAACAUCUAACAUCAAAACUUGAACAUAUUGCAGUUGAAAUUUAUACCGAAGAUAUUGCUUGUGUUGAUGGUCAACAAUGGGAAUUUUAUUUAAAAGAAAAUCUACCAGAUUUAUCUCAUUUUGAAUUUUUAAUCAUUCUAAGACAAGACUCUCCACAAGGAUUGAAACCAUUACAAUUACCAGAUGUUCUGAAAACAUAUCAAAGUGCAUAUUGGUCAAAAAUUAUACCUCAAAACAUAACUGGAUAUUAUAAUCGACGAUAUUCCGGUGUAUCGUUGUGUGUACAUACUGAAAUUAUUCCAACAGUGAGACGACGACGUUACUUUUUACAUUAA